CGUUAAAAGAAACAGCAGGAAAUAGCUGACUAACAGGAGUUACGUUUCCAGCACUGUGACUCUAUGAAGUGUGUGUGUGUGUGUGUGUGUGUGUGUGUGUGUGCAGCUGGCUGUGAGGCUGAUGAUGCGGUGUGAAGAUGGAGGCUCCUGAAUACCUGGACCUGGAUGAGAUCGACUUCUCCGAUGAUUCGGUGUACUCUGUGACGUCGCUGAAGAGCAUCCCCGAGUUGUCCAGGAGGAGCGAUGGCCAGGCCGAGGAGAGAGCGGCUCCAGCCAUCAACUGGAGUCGGAGCGUUUCCUCGCACAGCGGCGGGGGGAUCAAACCCACGGGGCUGGCUGAGGUCCACAGUAAGUUCAGGCCGGUGAAGAGAGUCUCUCCUCUCAAACACCAACCAGAGACCACCGACUCGGACUCUGACGGUAAAGUCCAGGGGCCGGGGGAGGCGGGGGAGGCCGGUAAGGAUGACCCGGGCUCUGACAAACAGACUCACGCCUCCUCGUCCUCCUCCGAGGGCCCGGGGGGGAAGGCCAAGGGUCUGGGCGGCGGCGUUGGAGGGAACAACCCGCAGGCUCUGUUCGGGGAGCUGGAGCACUACGACCUGGACAUGGACGAGAUCCUGGACGUGCCUUACAUCAAGUCCAGCCAGCAGAUGUCCACGCUGCCUCGAGUCCCCCACGACAAGCGCUCGGUGACGGGGAGCAACCUGGGAGGAGGCACCCUGGAGAGGACGCGGGGAGGAGGGCUGAAGAGCUCCGCUUUACCCCACAACGAGCCUCUGAGCCUGGGCAGCAGCAGCUCGCAGACCCCGUACUGCGUUCUGUCUCCGGUGAAGUGGUCGGACCUGAGGAAGUCCAAGUCCAUGGAUCCAGACCUCCACCACCUCCACCGCUCCCCGGCUGGAGGAGGCUACCAGUCGGAGCUGCUCUCGUCUGGACUCCUCAGCUGCUCCUCCUCCCUCUCCUCUUUCUCUGACGCAGACAAGCUGCUGUCUGCGCGGGUCUACCCAGACUCCCAGAGCCAGCGGCCGGGCGUGGAGCCUCCAGGGGGCCCGGGGAUGAUGUUCCCCCUGCCAGGGUGCAGCGUGGGCAGGCAGGACUCCAAGACCUGGACUCCUGGACCAGGAGGAGGAGGAGGAGGAGGAGGAGGCAGCGGCAGCGGAGGGACGAGGGGGUUUGGAGGAGGUGGAGGAGCAGGAGGGGAGGUGGACGAGGAGACCAAGAAGAACCAGAACAUCAUCAACAUCGUCAGAGAGGGGCAGAUCUCUCUGCUGGUGAGUGGGAGGAGAAAUUUAACCCUUUAGGGACUGUUUGACACAUUUU